AUGGACUUUUCCAUCUGCGAAUAUACAAUUGAACCCCACUUGUACAAAGCAGUCACCCAGCUAACGUGUAAAGACCCAAAGCGUGACGGCUUGAACCGCUCAGCUGGAAAUCACACUCUACGCAUCGUAUCUCCUCUCCAUACUCUCUCGAAAAUCGGGGGAAAAAGUUUGUUUUCAUCUACAAGGCCACGGCUCCAGAAAACUGUAUCAGAAAGUUUUGUUUUUGAAGAACAUCCAGACUGGCUAGAUGAUCUGUUAGGUGAUUGUGAACCAGGUUUAAAACUUACGUCUCAUCGUAGGGCAUCUAGUGAUUCUGGAACUGUUUUGGAUGGGCUUGUUGAGUUUGAAAAAGAUGAGAAAAAUAGAACUUCAUCUUCUUCUUCUUCAUUGGAGUCUGGUUGCAUAUAUGGCCCUAACUCACCUAGGAGCAAGGACAAAGUAUCAUCCAUUCAAGAAACUGCUAUUGUUUCUGCUUUAUCAGAGUACGCCUCUCAUGCUCCUCUGCAACUUGAUUCAGUUGUACAACUACAAGAUUCAACUGAUGAACUUAAUAUGGAGGCUAAACCAUUUAAAAGGCACUCUGCUCAAAGGUCACGAGUUCGUAAACUCCUGUAUAUAGCAGAACUAGAAAGAACUGUUGAAAAAUUUCAGAAUAUCGUGUCAGAAUUGGGUAUUAGAGUUGAUUCUCUUGUAAAACAACAUGUCUAUUUGUCAGUGGAGAACAAGCAACUAAAACACAAGUUGUCCAGAGUGCAACAAGAAAAAUUUCUUAUGGAACGCCAAUACCAGUCUAUGAGAAAUGAAAUUGAGGGGUUGAAACGUUAUGCCAAUAGCAGCAAGAUAAAAACACAUUUUAGGUCAAAUUCUGCUGACGAUUCUGAGAAAUUGCAUACUUGGCACAUGAUUGACAUGGGCAAGCUUCAAAUUAACUGAAACACUUUUUUACUUUAUGUCACUUUUGAUGUUGAACAGUAGACUUCAAAUCCGU